GUAGUAGUUGAUGACCUCACCAUUUGGCUCAGCAAGGAGGAAAAUGUGCUUGCAACCAUCAAAGCUCUGCUAACUGCAUCACAUCUGUCUCCACAAGCAGACAGACGGGAGGAUCGUGGAAGAGAUAGAGGAUUUGCAGUAUCCCAUAAACAACCUCUCUUACAACUGCCGGUCACCAAUGUCCUCUCUCAGCCUCUUACUGAAGCCAAAGUGAAAAUUAUUAUGCCAAAUAAUAAUUACAAUAACAAUUAUGCCAAAUAAUCCAGCACCAAAGCCACGGUCCUUCAACAGACAGCCUUCUCUACAUCUGGAGACUCCUUUGAACUAAACUUAAUGGAAACCAAACUUGCCAAUGGUUAUUAUGACUUUUCAAUUAGUGUGGAGGGAGACAGCCGCUACCUGGCAAGUCAAGUGGAGCUCAAUGUAACAGUAUCCACAGAGGCUGGAAUUGAAAAUGUUGACCUCUCCAUUGUAGACAAAGACCAAAGUAUGCCUCCAAAGACUUCCAGGGUAGAGUACAACUCGAAAGCUAAAGGAUCCUUCACUGCUGAUAGCCACCAUAAUUUUGCCUUGUCCUUCCAGCUCACAGAUGUGAACACUGGGCUAAUCUCAUACCGCAAGCAGAAGACCAGACAGGACGUUGUAUUUGUAGCUGAGCCAGACAGUAAGAACAUCUAUAGGUUAGAGCUUGACCCAUCUGAGAGGAAGUCUGAGUUUGACUCUGCAAUAGGAACAUACAAACUCAUAGCUGAUUUGGUCAUUAAGUUCCCUGAAGAGGACUGUCCAACUCUGAUCCAGUCCAAAAACCUGUUUAACCCCAAGCAAGAUAUUCCGCAUUUAUUUAGAGAGCCUGAGAAAAGACCUCCUAAUGUUGUAUCCACAACCUUCACUGCGCUGGUCCUUUGGAUAAAA